AUGGCGCCCCGAGCGCACCAUUCCUUCGUCCAGAAGAGAGCUCUACAGAUACACCAGCGAGAGAACCCUGGACUCACGCAAGCCAUUCUCUGUCGAUGGGCGCUAAGGGAGUUUGGAGUCCGUGUUGCAUGGUCCACGAUCAGCAGGAUUCUGAGCGAGGACAUUUCUGUCACCCUCAAUCCGAGAUCCAAACGGCAGCAGAAGGGCAAACAUGCCGAGGUGGAGAAAGCGCUGUUCCAUUACGUGCUCGACAAUCAAAGUAAAGUAACGUUGACCGACUUCAUCCUCCACCAGAAGGCCAAUCAACUGCUCGAGGACGCAGGUGUUACGACAACGCUCUCACUGUCGUGGGUGUCGAGGUUCAAACCCUACACGGCAUCAAGUCUUACUGACUGCAUGGCAAGGCGGCCUCAGUCGAGCUAA